CACGCUCGUCGUUUGAAGAUUGUUAGAAUUUUCAUAACAAAAUAACUCCAAAACUUUCUUCUCAAUCAGACAUAUUUGUGACCUGAGCUAUGCUACAUGUAUAUAUAGAUAUAGAGAUCAAUAAAUAAUCUUAGUACAUUAUAGCUAUGUAAUUACAUAUAUAGCAUAGUAAGAAAAUGGCAGGAUGGUCUGCAGAAAAGGCAACAAAAGCCUAUCUUGAAUCAAUGGAGAUGCAAGGACAGGUGUCUAAAGAGCCUGAUGCAGCAGAGUUCAUCUCAGCCAUGGUGGCCGGCGCGAGUGCGCGGCUCAUAGUCGUAGCCUGCGCCGAUGCAGCCGAGCCGACCGUGUCAGCGCUGGCGGCUGCAGCCCAUCACACAGCCGGAAAGGUGGUCUGUAUUCUGCAUGAGCUCGGCUCCAACAAAACAUUGGCGCCCAGCUUAGCAAAAGAAGUCGAGUUCGUUGUAGGGAAUGCAGAGUGGCUGAUCACAAGUGACUACGUCGAAGCCGACUGCGUAGUCGUAAACUGUCGAAUUCGCAACAGCGAACGUAUACUCAAAGCUGCGAGAAGCGCCAUUGUCUUCGGGUACAAUGCCGUUUGGACAGAGCCGUCGAGGUUGCAAGAAUUCGAUGCACGUUUGUUGCCGAUAGGGGAAGGCUUGUUGCUGAAUCGAACAGGCGAGACCGCGAAAAGGGCUCGAUGGGUUGUAAAAGUUGAUCGACUCACCGGGGAAGAGCAUAUAUUUAGGUUGAGGGCGAACCCGGCAAAGACUAUUUUUUCCCGAUAAGUAAAAAUCGAUGUUUUACCAAACCUGUACAGCUGAGAAACAUUGGAAAUCAAUACCAUCAACAUGUGUUAUUACAA